AUGGAUAUUGAGUCUUCAUCAAUUUCAUCCACAACACCAUUCAAGAACAUGACUCCUCGAGAGAUGGUCACCCACCUUGCCUCCUCUAAUGUCGUCGUUGUGUUCAGCUCCACCGACUGCUGUUUUUCCACCGUCGCCAAGAACCUCCUCUUCAGCCUUGCUGUAGGCCCCACUGUCAUUGAGCUUGAUCGGCAUGCUUCCGGCUCCGCCAUUCUUGCUGCCCUCUGCCAGCUUUCUGGUGACACCCGCCAGCCACUCCCUGCCGUCUUCGUCUGUGGAAAGUUUCUUGGUGGUGUGGAGAUCUUGUUGGCCAAACACAUCAAUGGUGCACUCAUUCCUCUUCUUAAGGAAGCUGGAGCUCUUUGGCUUUGA